AUGCUUGGGCAGCCGCUACGCAGCGGGGGUUUCUGGAGAGGGUCCUCUGUUCCCUCCUCUGCAGGAGCAGCAGCACCAGCAGGAACGACAGCAACGCGGGGCUCCUCUAGUUCGGCUACUGCAGUUCGGCCCCGCGUACAGCAGCUGAAGCACGAGGUUGUUCAUGUGACUGAUCCUAAGACCUUCUUCUGCGGCCUCCCUUGCCUCCACUUGGCUUGCAGAUCUUGUAUGGAACAGAUGAUCCCUGCAGGGCAAUGUCGUGUAUGCAGCAGGCCCCUCAGAGGCGCUGAAGAGAUUGGGGCAUCUGUGACCCUGUACUCCUGCAAGUACAGCGGGUGCUGCUGCUGCUUCCUGUCGGAAGCUGCUGUGCACUACCACCAGCAGCAGCACGGCUUAGAGAAGCAGCUGGCCUUCAUGGACGCUGCUGCUGCUGGGGCUGCCACAGGGCUAGCAGCAGCAACAGACACAAGCGCUUUCAUUGCUGCUCUGGAGGCGAAGGGAGACGUAACGCCUCUACAAGAGCAGCAACCGUCCCUCCAUGCAGGUAUGUCUGCAGUGGAGGACCAACAGCAUCAGCAGCAACAACAGCAGGAGCCACCACUGGCAGCGCCAGCCCCGAUAUCGCAGCAGCAGCCACAUACAUGGCAACAGCAGCAGCUGCAACACCAAACAGUGCAGCCACUGCAGCAGCAGGCGCAAAUGCCACAGCAGCACACCCAAGCAGCACAGCAGUUGCUGUUUCCACCGCCCCAGCAGCAUGAUGUGGCACACAUAAAGGCCCAGCAACAGCAUUAUCAACAGCAAAUGCCACAGCAACAACAAGUGCAGCAGCAGCAAAUACAGCAACAGCAAAUCCAACAGCAGCAGCAAAUUCCGCACCCUCAAAUGAUGCAGACGCUUCAGCAGCAGCCGCUGCAGCAGGCAGUGCAGCAGCAGCAGCCUGCGGCAGCAGCCUGGCCAACAGGCGCGUCAGCAGAUGGAACUGCUGCUGCCGGCAGUGCUGCUGCUGGCGGGGCUGCUGGUGCUACAGCUGCCCCUCUGACGCCUGGUGCUGCAGCAGCACGGGCACCGUUGCAGCUUCAGCUGUCUUUGAGUGAGCAGCAGCAGCUGCAGCAGCAUCUGCAGCCGCAGCCCCAAGAGGAGGAGGAGGACAAUCUGGAUGACUUUUUGUAG